AUGGUUAUUUCGGUUGAGCGACACAAGCUCAUCACAGAACGCUUCGGUGAGCAGCGGCCGUCGGCUGCCGGCCGGCUUCCGGCAUCAGUGGCAAGUAAGCUAACAGCGGCAAAGAUACCCUACUCGUCCUAUCCACAUGUUAUUGAGACUAUCCUCGCCUUCUCAGACUACCCAACUCUUCUCCUCUUUCGUGCUACGUCCUCGGACAUCAAGGCUAAAGCGGACCGAGCGCUGUGCGACGGCAAGUUGAAAGUGGAACUGAGACGGACCUCUCGCGAUAGUCAUGUCCAACAAGCAACCUCGAACGGAAGCUCACGCAGCAGUGAUCUGGAGGUCGUCCUGCGCAGUGGACACGGAGUGUUGCCGUUUCUCGGCCAGGAAGAGCGCAAACUCGCGUUCUCGCUCAGCCACACUGUCGACAUUGACGGGGCCUGUUUCUCGUUCCCCGCCACCGCCGGUCUGCUGUCCCCGCCAGAGUUGGACUCGCUGUUUCAUCCCCUGCAAGCAAGCCUGCGCCGAGCCAUGCAGAGCCUUCCCCGCUCGGCUAAGGUGAUCAUUGCCCACGAGCCCGAUCACGGCCCGCCCCUCUUCCUCCCGCCUGCGGAUCACCUCAUCUUCACCUGCGAUGCACAUUGCGAAUGCAGGCAGUUCUACAGAGGCCCCUCCCAUUCAGCCUCGCACAUCACCCUCCGAAUGACGGCAGAACUGCAGCCAUCAUCUUCCCGCCCCCGUCUUGCCAACUACUGUCAACUGAUCGUCCUCGCGCUGGAACCGUCUGUACAACGACUCACGAUGUCGGCGGACUUGGGAGACGACAUCGUGUCUGCGCUGGUAUUCCAUCGGGGUGAGCGCAUGGAUUUCACCCAGUCCGACCGAAAUAAGCCAAACGAGAAUCUGGAUCUCGAGAUUCGGCUCAAGCAGCCUGGAAACUUUCCCGCCUGGGCAAGCCAUUUCGGAUUUGCACCUAACCAAGUCCACGGAAUGCUCGUUUCCGACGAUACUGAGUGA